AUGGAUUGCCUAAAUCUCGACCAAAAUUCUGAAUUGGAUUUAGAAAUUAAUUUAACUAUUGCUAAUAUUAAAAAAAUUGUAAAAGCAAAACAAUUAUCGGAAAAGGCUGCACAAGAUUUAUCAUUGUUGAUUUCUGAUUCACCUCCAGAAAUUUUUAGUGAUUCUAAUAGUAUCAAAGAUGAUGUCGCUGUCAAAGCUAAUAUUAAAAAGGUUUUAUGGUUGGUUGAGGAAGAUGAUAUGUCCGGUAACGUUGAAGAAGCAAUUAAGAGUUUCAAAGAAAAAAGAGUUUCUGGUAAUGUUGUUAUGAAUGCUUAUACCUUAGAUGGUAAAGAUGAGAAUUCACCUGCUGGAUCUCGGCAAGACUU